GGGACAGGGACUGGGAUUGUGGCGGCCUGGUCUCGCGAGCCUUGCGGCGGUCGUAGCUAUGCAGUGCGCCGAGCUGUGCGAUGGGGAGGCAGUGGCCGUAGCCUCCUACCGGGUGCUCACCCGCCUGCUGGGUUACGGGGCCGGGCCGGAGGCGGGCGCGACGGGAGGGGCCGUUCCCGGCACAGCGGACGCGGGGCUGCUGGGCCCCGGUGGCGGGCGGCCGCCGGUGUUGGCGGGCGACGGAACGUUGCGGGGCCCGCGGCCCCCGCCGCCGCAGCUGAUGGUGUUCCGCAACACGGCGGAGGAGCGGCCCAGCGAGGAGGGAGGCCCGGCGGCGGGCGGCGGGGGCGGUCAGUUGCUCUGCCCACGGCACCGCUGCGCCCUGGAGCCCAAGGCGGCGGCGAGAUGGGAGUCCGCGCCGCCGGCUGGGCUGGAGCUGCAGCUGGCGGCGCUGGGGCUGCGGCCGCCCGGGCUGGGCGCGAAGGGGCCGGCGGGCUGCCCUUGCCCCUGCCUCGGCCCGCCGCCGCCCGCCAGGCCCGCCGCCGAGGAGACCAGUGACGCGUUGCUGGUGCUAGAGGCGUUGGAGCCUGAUGAGGCCGGGAGCUGCUCCGAGGAGGAGCCGGGAUCCCCGAGCCGCGGAGCCGCCCGCGCCGCCGCCCGCGCCGCCGCCGGGAGAGAAGGCCUCGCACCGCCGUCCGCAGCCCCCGGGGAAGCCGGCUCCGGCGGCAUGAAGGGCUCGCUGAAGAUCCUCCUCAGCCGCCUCUUCCGUACCAAGAGCUGCAGCGGCGGCUCGGCCGCUGGGGACGCCGCUGCCACCGAGGGCCGACGCACCGGGAAGCUGCCCGCCUCGGCUGGCAGCCUGACCGACGUCUGCGGGGCCCGCGGCCGAGAGCAGGAGGCGGGCAGGAAACAUAGACUCACGAGAACUCAAAGUGCCUUUUCCCCGGUUGUGUUCAGCCCCCUGUUCACAGGUGAAACGAUGUCACUAGUGGAUGUGGACAUCUCUCAGCGAGGACCGACCACCCCUCACCCUCCGACUCCACCACCUCCACCACGAAGAAGCCUCAGCCUGCUAGAUGAUAUCAGUGGGACGCUGCCUACAUCUGUUCUAGUGGGUCCAAUGGGCUCCUCCCUGCAGUCGUUCCCUCUGCCUCCACCUCCUCCGCCCCAUGCCCCAGAUGCUUUCUCCCAGAUUGUGCCGCUGCGGGCGAUGGAAGUGGUGCCUGGGCAGCCCCACACACACCUGCAGUGCCCUCUCUACCGCCCGGACUCCAGCAGCUUUGCAGCCAGCUUGCGAGAGCUGGAGAAGUGUGGUUGGUACUGGGGGCCGAUGAACUGGGAGGAUGCAGAGAUGAAGCUGAAGGGGAAGCCAGAUGGGUCCUUUCUGGUCCGAGACAGUUCUGACCCCCGUUACAUCCUGAGCCUCAGCUUUCGGUCCCAGGGCAUCGCCCAUCACACCAGGAUGGAGCACUACCAAGGGACCUUCAGUCUGUGGUGCCAUCCCAAGUUUGAAGACCGCUGCCAGUCUGUGGUGGAGUUCAUAAAGAGGGCAAUCAUGCACUCCAAAAAUGGGAAGUUUCUCUACUUCCUCCGAUCCAGGGUUCCAGGUCUCCCUCCAACGCCUGUCCAGCUCCUGUAUCCAGUCUCCAGGUUCAGCAAUGUCAAAUCCCUUCAGCACCUUUGUCGCUUUCGGAUUCGGCAGCUGGUCCGAAUAGAUCACAUCCCCGAGCUCCCGCUGCCCAAGCCCCUGAUCUCCUACAUCUGCAAGUUCUACUACUACGACCCGCAGGAGGAGGUGUAUCUGUCGCUGAAGGAAGUUCAGCUCAUCUCCAAACAGAAGCAGGAGACCGAUUCCUCCACGUAGCGAGGCUGCCUCACCUGGCUUGUUGCUCUCACUGAUGGAAUUGGAUUGUUGCCAUCCUGUAGCCCAAGUCAGGCUGUGGUUGGAAGGAGGCAUGUGCUGGCGCAGCCUGCUUCUGCUCUCAAGCUCUUUUAUCCAGAGGAAGAGAGUUCAAGGUUCCCAAGAAGCACAGCAGAAGGGGAAGGAGAUCCUCAGCUCCUGGCUGAGGCAGAGGGGUUUGGGAGGCAGCUGAGCCCAGCUCACAGACUCCUCACAGGACAAAGAAUGUAAUGGCACUACUUACAAGUUUUUGAAAGUUUUAUUUUUUAUGUCUUCUUUCUUUUUAUUUUUAUUUGUAUUAGUAUUAUUAUUUUCAGCAUGAGAAAUACUAUCUUAAUGAUCAGCUGAAUUUUAUUAUCCUCCCUUGGAAAUUUCAAGGUGGGGAAAGAGAGAGAAGGGGACUCUCUUAGGAAGAUCAUCUGCUCCAGGCGCUAUGGCAAGACUGUUCUUUGGGCCUCACCCAGAGGAGAUGCAGCCAGAGAGCUGCUUGGAGGCAAACUGAGCCACAAUGAUGUGUAGCUCUAUGGAAUAACCCCUGGGGAGAAGAAAGCUCUGGGUCAGCUGCACAGCUGCCCUGCUCUGUAGGAUCUGGGAGAAGAGGGCCGAAGGGGCAGCUGAGCUUUGCCACUGAAUUUGCUGGGUGGACCUGUAUGCUUUUAAACUAGGCCCAAGGAAAGAGAAGAGUAUAUGAGCCAUUAGGAUAUUGUGGAGCCUUCUUGCAAAGGGAACGGUUCCUGCUGCACUGGAGAGGAAGGCACUGGCAGAGCUGUGGGACAUGCACCUGUAGCCUUUCUCUGGCUGUCUCCAGAAGCUGUGAAGGAAAUUACUGUCUGUCAAGCUGUGAAGGAUCUUGAGCAGGAGUUGCUGGGGCAUUUAAUAGGCCUCUCUGGGGUGACUCAGAGCAAGAGGCAGAGGGUUCUGCAGGAGCAGCAUCUCAUCUCUGUGAGCUUGCUUGCUGCUUCCUUCUCUCCCUGGGAUGUUUGUGGAACCACAGCAGUUCAGAAACAGUAAAGCCAAGAAAGGUGGUAGCUCUUGCUGUCAUUCUAGCCUUGGCACUGGCUGAAAUACCCCCUCUCGCCCCCCUUCAAAUCCUAGUCUGCUAUUUCAUCCACUGCAGCAACUGCAGAGUUUGCAUUUCAUGAUGGAGUUUCAAGUUUUCAUAAAGUGAUGCUGAGAAGUCUGGAGAAGCAUCUUUCCUCCUGUAUUUAAACAAGCAAGUAUUCCUGUGCUCUCAAACCCAGGAGGAGGAAACACUCCAUCUUGUAACAGCCUGGUCAAAAACGUGACGUGUGUGGCUGAGGUCAGUGCUCUGUGAGCUACCUGCAGUCACUCAGGAGCUGCUGGGACUUUGGGCUUGCCCUGCAGAGUGAUUUCUGACCUUGAAUUGGACACAAACAUGUCUUAAUUCCCAAAGCAAAUUGGAAGAAUUCUGACUAUCUGCUUCUGCAAUGAAGGGUGCUAACAAAUCCAACUCUUCCUUUCCUUGGCAUCACUUCUGGCCUCAAUGUUGGUCUUGGAGAGAAAAUGUGUUCUUUUUAAAAAGGAUUUGGCUUCCACAUUAAACUAUGUAGAAAUACCUCAUUGGACACUACUCACUGUUGACUGUUGGGGCAGUGGUUAUUGGGAAGGGGGAGCUGCCCUAGGACGUGCUGAACCAGCAUAUCCUGAGCCGUGGUGAGAUGGGAGCUUCUCUGGUCUGCAGUCCCUGUGUCCCCCACUAGUACUGGUCCUUCCCCUCAGCUCUAAACCCACAGGUCACACUGGGUGUCGUGGUUUUUGCCCAGCAAGCAAUGAAGCACCAUGACAGUCUCUUGUUCACUGCGCCCCAUCCACCCCCACUCUCGUUAGGAUGGCAGAGGCCCCAGCGAGAUGGGAGUAAAAAGAUAAGCAGGGUUGUUGUGGAGUGAGACAAGGGCAGGGAGGGCUCACUGCCAAUUAUGGUUCUGGGCAAAACAGACUCCAGGACUCGACUGAGAGAGGAAAGUAGGAAAGUUUAUUCUGCUGCCUACAAUCACAGAAUCACAGAAUGGUAGGGGUUGGAAGGGACCUUUAGAGAUCAUCUAAUCCACCCCCCAUGCAGAAGCAGGUCCACCUAGAUCAGGUUGCAUAGGAACAUGUCCAGGUGGGUCUUGAAGACCUCCAAGGAAGGAGCCUCCACACCGUCCCUGGGCAGCCUGUGCCAGGGCUUCCUCACCUCACAGUGAAAUAGUUUUUUCUUAUGUUUAAAUGAAACUUUUUGUGUUCCAACUUCAUCCCAUCACCCCUUGUCCUGUUGUUAAGACGAGAAUAAUGACAACAUUAAGUGAGAAGGAAACAGGGGAAAGACUAAGAAUGGCUUUCAGAGAAGUAAGUGGAAACCAAGCAGAAACCACACACUUAUCAGAGAUUAUUCCAAUUUGUGUAUGCCAGUGCUCCUGCUGCAGGAGAACUUCACAAGAAACAGAACAAAAAGCAAAAAGGGAGUAGGAUGAUUGAGAAAAAUGACAACCAGCACUUUAAGCUCUCUCUCCACCAUCCCUCCUUUCUUCCCUGGCCCAUCUCACUGCAGGGAUGUGGUCAGUCUCUCACAGAUGGGCUCUGCUGCUUCUGUCUUCUCAGAUGAGGACGACUCCUGGCAUUCUUCCCCUGCUCCAAUACAGGGUCCCUCCCCCAGGACACAGUCCUUAACAAACUUCUCUGGCAUGGGUUCUUCCCAGCAGCUACAGCUUCUGUGAAUAUGGGGUCCCCAUAUGGGGGCCCAUCACAUCCCCAUGGAUGUGAUGGCAUGGGCUGGUGCAUGAUGAUAGACUGUGGGAGAAGCUGGUCCUCUCCCUGGGGUGAUGGUGGUGAUGGCAUUUUCACUCCUUCCUUCCCUCUUCUGGGAUGGAGAGGUGCAGGGUGGUUUUGGGAAGGGGAAGCAGCUGACCUGGAGAGCAAACCAGGGAAAACCGGUGCUGGGUGGGCACUGGGAAUCAGCACAGAGUCUGACCUGCCAACGCUGGGAUGGGGUGAGAACACACAGCCCUGCUCCAUGGCAGGUCAGGAGAUGCAUCCAUCCCCUGCCCCUUCACAGAACUCACCAGGAGGAGGGAUGGGAGGGCUCAGCAGCUUCCAGAGCUGUCAAAGGUGCAGCCAGACUUUAGGGGCAAUACUUUAAUCACAUGUGUUUGGUCAGCUGUCCUUCUCCUUGGGAGGACUUCUCCCAGCUGCCUGCUGCUGCUUCUGCUCUUACUUGCACUCCUCCCCAAAUUUAGGCCAGCAGCAAGGCUUUAGAUCUGUCUGCAGCAACUGAAAUGAGGGAGGAAAUGUGCUUUGGGGUGUUGGAUAGGGGAUGGGGGGACAGUAACAUGUCAUGCUGAUGACAUGUGGAGCUGCACAGGACCCUCCUGAUCUGCUUCUGCAGCAGCACAGGGAUCAGCUCUGCCAUUGGAGGUGGCAGAUGCCCUUCAGCCUUACCAGGGCCCUGCUCCACCUCACUUUGCUCCACAGGAGCUGGAGCAGGGUCAGUACCAGGCUGCUGCCUGGGGCUGGUGGUGCUGGAUAAGCUCCCACAGUUAACUGUAGUUAACAGCCUUCUCUUGAAACCCACUUAAAAUCAAGCUGUUCCUAGUGCUCCUUCACAUCUAGGUGUGAGGAAAAGCUCCAGAGCUUUACUUUCAAGGCUGGAUAGUCGCUGCUGAGGUAGGAGUGGUCUUUGGGGACAUGGGUGAGACCUCGGAGAGGUGGCUCAGUCUUGUUUGACCAGUGAACCUCCAUCCCUGUUUGGGGAGAAGCACCUCAUGUUUGUAUCCUUCCUGGAGAGGGGUUUGUGGGUUGGUUCUGGAGGGUGCUCUUAUCCUGCUGAUUUGGAAGAAAAUGUUAUAGCUUCCUUUGUCCAACCUUGAAUUCUGCAGAGGUUGCUGCCAUCCUCCUCCCUCUCUCAGGGCCCAGAGGUGGAUGACCAAUGAAACAGACCAUAAAAACUGCCAAAGUGCAGAAACUGCCCCUGGAAAAGCUCCUUGUUCAGCUGGAUGGGUGCAGCAUUCAACCUGUGUUGAACCUGGUUCUCAGGUUGAUAAGAUCCCAUAGCAUGGUUUGCUCAAGCCUGUUGGGCUGGACAAGUCCCCUCCUCCUCUCCCUACAGCCUAUUUUAGGGUAGGGAAUGACCUGGAUCGCUCCUGCAGCGUGACAUUCAGAUAAGCCAGGACAGUUUUAUCACAUCGACCUCCUCGAAGCCAAAAGAAAGGGGGGAAAAAAAUCCUCCUUAGCUUGGUUUGGGUAGGACCUGCUGCAAACAAGGUGAGAACCACCCAAGCGAGAGGGAAUCUGUGAUUUCGGAAGUACCAGUCUCAUGGCACUUACAUAUCUGGCCUGUUUUUACAGCCUAAGAGUGUGUUAUGGUGUGUGUGCCUGAAGGAGCAGGGAAAUGUGCUGGACUUGGCCCUGGCCAGGCAGGCUCUGCUGCCAGUAAUGCCUAAGGCUGAAGUCUUGUCUGGGAGCAUUUUGGGGAGGAAAAGGCUGGCAAGUGAGAUUUGCAAAGGGAAGGAUUUCCUGCUCCCUAUAGGAAGGGAUUUGACUUUUGUUCUUUGCAGUUAAAAUCAGCCCUUCAGAUGAUUUUACCCUUAAGAAGUGACCAUCAGGUCUGAGUCUGAUGAAGGUUCAGCAGGGACACAGCCCCUCAGGUUUUCAGGGAUGGGGGGAUUCAUCUGAGCAGCCCCUGUAGUGCUCCUCUUCCCCUCCCUUGGCCACUCAUUCCUCAGCCAGAGUUUUCCAGGUGAGAUGGGGCAGGUAGGACCCCCCCUGCCCCUUCCCAAACCAUCCCCCUGGGAUGCCUCUGACUGUGCCUCCAGCUGAAAAGCACAACUGGUGCCCAGAAACAGGGGGAACUCCCAGGCUGCUCCCCACCUCAGCCAGGGUUUUACCCCCCAAAAUCGCUGAUGGGCAGCAAGUAACACUGGGUGCAGACUUGCCUUUCGAGAGGGAAAGAGCAGAUCUCAGCAGCUCCAAGGUCAGGACCAUGUGCUGCUCAUGGCCAGGGCUGUUGACUCACCUUUGGGAGAAAUGCAGCUUUACUUCUUUUCAUCAUUUUUUUUUAUUCGAGGGAGGGAGUUGUUUAUUUGUUUGUUGGGGUUUUUUUUAUUUUUAUUUUGGUGU